AUGACGGAGAAUUCGUUGGGGUGUCUGUGCCAUGGUGUAGAGGCACUCGAUGGGGUUUUCUUUGUGGUGAAGCUGCGACAGCAGAUGUCGCAAGGCCCCCAGAGAGAGGAGCCCCCUGUACUCCGAGGUGUACAGACACCUCAAGAGACCUGGAGAGAGGAGACAGUUGUCGUGGGGUGGCAGCAAAAGAUAUUUAGCCAGAUCAGGGAGCGUGGGGUGUACGUACAGCCGCUUGAAGCGCAAGACCAGCAGCUGUGCCCUCGGCUGGUUGCCUAUCAGCAGCAGCUGCUGCAGGAGGGCCUCAGUGGGGAGGUAGAGCAGCAGGAGUCUCUUCUAAAGACCCCCCCCACUAGUAUUUAUACUUAUACAGACGGAGACAUAAAGGAGACACUUCCUUUCCUUCUCCUGAAGGCGCAGCAAAAGGGCCUCAAACACCCUGCCUUCCCAGAGUGUCUCCAGCAGGCGCUCGUCGCUGCUUUAUUUCCUCUCGAGCCCCUCGCAGACAGUCGUCAGAAAAUUGUUUUCUUUAUUAUGGCGCAGUUGGGCGAAGGGGGGUGA